AUGAAUUUCGAGCGGGCUCAUAGCCCGGCGUACCGUCUCCAAGGGGACACCGGGACCCUCCCGGCUCCCCUCAGAGGGUCGAAGAAACACGCGCCAGCAGAGUUGGCCGCUCACAUACAACGACUUCAGUACCCUCGCGUCCGAGAGGGUCAUUAUGUGACUUCCGAUAUCCUACGUCCCCUCGUCAAUCGUCCCGCCCGCCGAGUACCAAUGCUACGUUUGGGGGUUCACUGGGAUACCUUCACCCUAGAAGAUCAAAUCGCUGGUAGCGCUAGUCACGCCGAGGCGAUUUGUAUGUUUAUGGUUGGCCGACGCCGUCACGCGGACCUUGAAUGUAUCUCGUGCCAAUGCGAAAGGGGCGUGUUCCCCUUUUGCGUCGUCGUGGACUAUGAGAACGGCAGUUCAGGAUGUGCUAAUUGCCAUUGGAAUGAAGUCCAGUGUUCGGUUGGUCAGUCUCCAUCUUCGGCCAGCCAACCCCCUCCAGACCCCCGCUGUACCCACUCUCACCAGGCCUCCCGGGACCAAGCGCCUCACAGCGCUGAGAUGGACGCUAUUUUCGAGGGCCUCCGUGAAUUGCAGCGCGCUUUUAAUUCCUUGGAGGAAGCUCUUCAGAAGACCGAAAAGAGUGCUAUCGCCAACGAAACUGUAUGGGUGGAAUCGAAUGACACCAUGUCUGAAAUCAUUUCCCAGUCCAAUGGCCCCGUCCUGCGACACAGCGAUACCCAAAUGGCACGAGGAGUCGCCGAGGAGGGAGAGGCCAUAGGUCGAACGGUUGUGAUAGACCUCGGCGCAGUUAUGAUCCGCGCUGUGGAGCUCGAGAUUGUCAUCGUCAGCAUGGAGGGCCAUCUUCGCCAACUUCGCCGCCAGUAG